AUGGACCCAGUCACCAAAUGCCUCCAUAUCUCUGGAAUCAGUUCCAACAUCACUGCAAACGACCUUUCGCGUCUCAUCUCCGGCUAUGGCGCUGUGAAGUCGGUGGAUGGCUUCGGCGCAAAAAACGGACUCGGCGAGCCAAGACCCUUCGCCUACAUCACGCUCGAGACGACCAAGGGGCAGCUGGCCAAAUGCCUGAACGUCCUCAGCGGAUCAAUAUGGAAGGGCACGAAGCUGCGCGUCGGAGAGGCGAAACCAGACUUUAGAGAGCGAAUCUCCCAAGAAAACGCUCAAUCUCCCUCAGACAUCACCAAAAAGAAGCGCAAGCGCGGUUCGACCGCCGUGCACGCACAAGAUAUGUCCAUCGUCACCCCCGAAAACGUCUCCGGUCGCGCAGGGUGGCACGUCACUCCCCUAGGCCGCAUGGUGCGCCCUCUGCGUAUGCGGCCUGCGCGUCCGCUCGAGCCUCAGCUCCACGACACACCCAAGGAGGCAGGAAAGCCGCGCAAAAAGCCGAGGGUGAAAGCUCCGUUGACGAGGGCGCGCCGGCGAACGAUCGACCCGACGAAGUGGGACUCGACCCAUCUCACGGGGGUACUCUUGGAUGCGGAUACGGUCGUUGCGUCUCGGGGUGACCAUCCGAGUGUGUCGUCGCCGAUAUUCGUCGAUGCCCAGGCGAUGCACGCGGAGUCGGACGAAGAGUCGGUGGACGAGGAGGAGAAUGAGGAGUCGGGGAUUGUAUCUGAAGGCGAUCAGGAGGAUGAAGGCAUGGACGUCGAAGAGGAACACUCUCCGCCCCAAAAGAUAGCUGCUAUCCCCUCACUCACUUCCGCUACCGCAGUCGUUCCUCCACCUCUUCCGGCUACCAACGCAUCAGAUGACAUCGACGUGACACAAGAAAAGAUGUCGGCCCUUAAUCUCCUGCAGUCGAUGUUCGGCGCCGCUGACGCAGAUUGGGACGGGCGCGAGAGCAUACCUUCUGAUGCGGAAGAUGAGCAACGCAUGCCCCAUGGGAACUAUGCAGACGAGACGUUUGAGGAAGUCCCCGUUUCUAAAACUAUCGUUAUUCCACAGCCGGCAUCAAACCGUACUGUUGAAGACGAUGUCGAGGCUCCCCCGCCGCUUCACCAUCAGUCUGCAACCGAUGCGUCGACGAGCUCGGUGCAGCAAGAACAAGCUGCCGCUCUGCCAAAAACGAACCUCAAGGAUCUCUUUGCGCCUCGAGAGGAAGAUGCUGGGUUCUCGCUCCUCGGCCAUCUCGACCUCGACCUCGACAUGGACAUGGACGAAGACCUCGCCUUUGCCAUCGCCCCCUCCAUACGACCCACUGCUGCCCAGCCCACAUCCGACGCACACGUAUUCAGCGAACCCACUUACACAUCUCCGGUCCCAGCAUCCACCGGCGGUACAGCGUCAUUCGACCCCUCCCUCCCCUUCUUCUUCCCUCUCUCCCCUACUACACGCUCCCAGCUGCGUCCGGCUGACCGUGCGCGCGCCAAGGACAUGUUCGACGUCGCCAGAGAGAAAGGGUGGUGGGAUUGGCGUGCGGCGGGGUUCUGUCGCACCGAGAGCGAGGACCAGAUUCGGGAGCGGUGGGACAGGGAGAAGGGAGAAUUGACGAGGGAGUGGAAGAGGCGGCAUAGGGAGGCGACGAGGGCGAGAAGGCGGAGGGGUGCUGUGGAUGGGGAGUAG